UAACAGUUCUAACCCGCUUUCUCUUCCUCUCUUACCUUUUGCCUCCGCUUCUACUCUCUACACUUCUUCGCCGACGCCGUAUUUGGUCACCGGAGGUCGCCGCCGUCACUCGCCGCCAAAUCCGCCGGCAUCGGAAAGUGCUCCACUUAUUCCGGUUACGACCCCACACACAUUUUGUUCCCAAUUUGCUGCUGUCUCGUAUUGCAUUCAUUCAAUGAAGUGCUGAGAAUAAUCUAGCGUGGGUUUUCUCUCUUGAUGACUUCCCCUGAACGAGUAAGGAGUUAUCUGAAACAGGAUGACCCAGACUUAAAGUUGGACGAUGACUGGGAAGGGGAUGAUAAGAGAAAAUACAGGUCAAGUAAUUCAAGGUCUGGCAACAGUGAAGAAGCUGAAGGUUUAGAUAGUAAUGGAAGAAGGAGAAGUACUGUAGACAGAAAUGAGAGUCGGAAAAGAUCAGGUGGAUCAAGCAAAACGGAUAUUGAUGAGGAUGACUAUGAGGGAAACGACUUGCGGUCCAAAUUGAUGAAGAAGAAGCAGGGGGAGAAUACAUUGGAGACGUUGAGCAAUUGGUAUCGGGAUGGAGAACUUGGGGGAAAGUAUGAUAAUGGAGACAGAACUGGGGAUAGAGGACAAUUCCUAGCUAAUGAGAGUGUUCGAAGGAAAUCAACUUCAAGGUUUUCUGAUGGUGAUGGUUCCCAGACAAGGAAUCAAGGUAAAAAUGAAAAGCUACUUGGUGGGGAUUCUGAAAAUGCAAUGGAAAGGGACUCUAGACGUUUGGAAAGGAAGGAUAGCACCAAAGAAAAGGAGAAUGUGCAGUUGGAUAGCCUUAAAAAUUCAAAUGGAGACAAAAAUAAUAAAUACCUGGAAAGUGGCGAGACAAAAACUGACUCUGACAGGAGUAAGAAAGUCAGGUUGUAUGCUAUAGAGGAAGACAGUGGUGGAACAUCUUCUAUACAAGAAGAUAAGUUGAGCAUAGAGAGAGUUGAGGAGCAUAGACAGAUAAAAAGUGCCACAAGUCAUCACACGGCUGAAAGUCAUGAAAGGUCUAUGGUAGCAGGUGAUGACGGUGGCUCAUUGGUGCGAGAAAGAAAUAGGAGAGAGAUGGAUUCCUCUGAUAGGUCCAGAACACCUGAGAGAAGUGGAAGGCGCCGUUACGACUCAGAAAGCGUUGAGAUGGAAUAUGAAAAACGAGAUACCUUCAGGAGGAAAGAACAAGAAAAAGAUGGUGUGAGAGAUGAUAAAUCAAAAGGAAGGGAUGACGGCAGGAGUGAUAGAAACAGAGUUCGGGAUGGUUCCAAAGAUGGGUGGAAAAGAAGGCAAGGGAACUUUGUUGACAAGGAAAUGAAGGAAGGCGAGACACCUUACGAACAUGGCAGAGAGUGGGAAAUACCCAGACGUGGUUGGAUUGACAAUGAAAGGCCUCGUUCUGGUGGUAGAAAAGAUGGAAAUAGGACUGAAGCCUUGAAAACUUCAUCGAAAUAUGGAAUUUCAAAUGACAAUUAUGAUGUCAUAGAGAUCCAAACCAGGCCAUUUGACUAUGGUAGGGAGGAGGCCAUAUCUUCUGCAGCAAGAACAACUGAAGUUAAUCAGAGUUCUGAUGCAAAAUCACUUCCAGAUGAUGAGAACUAUGCCAGGGAAGGCAGGGGAAGAAACAUGAAUUGGUCAGGCCAAUCUGGUCCAGAUUUAAGGGAUACGUCAGGUGACAGUUCAAAUAAGGAUGAGAUUGAAGCAAGGGGUCAGAAAGGAGAUGCAUCUAUUCGAGCUGCCUGGGGCCAACCUUCCAGUUCAGAACCUUCAUAUGUAAACCAGGAACCGUCUUCCUUCAAUAGAUCUGUCCCAAUAGGUUCUAAAGGAGGUAGGGUUGGGAGAGGAGGAAGAGGGAGGCCUACAGGAAGGGAUGGCCACCAAUUCGGACCUCCAAUGCCAAUGAUGGGAUCACCUUUUGGACCACUUGGAAUGCCGUCGCCUGGAUCUGUGCAAUCUUUAGCUCCUAACAUGUCACCUGCUCCAGGUCCACCUAUGUCCCCUUUCAUUCCUCCAUUUUCGUCUCCUCUGGUUUGGCCUGGAGGCCGAGGUGUUGAGAUGAAUAUGCUAGGUGUUCCACCUGGACUUCCACCUGUUCUGUCUGGACCUGGAUUUCCCCCUAAUUUGGGGAAUCUGCCAAAUCAUGCAAUGUAUUUUAAUCAACUAGGUCCUGGAAGAGGAACACCACCUAACAUGUCUGGUCCAAAUUUUAAUGCACUAAUACCAGGAGGUCGUGGACAGGUUAAAGAUAAAGCUAAUGCAGGUUGGGUGCCUUCUCGAGCUAAUGCGCCACCUGGAAAAGCUCCUUCUAGGGGUGAGCAGAAUGAUUAUUCCCAAAAUUUUGUAGACACUGGCACGAGGCCUCAAAAUUUCAUCAGGGAAUUAGAGCUUACCAGUGUUAUUGAGGACUAUCCCAAGCUUCGAGAACUUAUUCAAAGGAAGGAUGAGAUUGUUGUCAAAUCUUCUUCAUCUCCCAUGUAUUACAAAUGUGACCUACAUGAGCAGGAGCUCUCCCCAGAGUUAUUUGGGACCAAAUUUGAUGUCAUUCUAAUUGACCCCCCAUGGGAGGAAUAUGUUCAUCGAGCUCCUGGUGUCACUGACCAUAUGGCAUACUGGACAUUUGAGGAAAUAAUGAAUCUCAAAAUUGAGGCAAUUGCUGACACUCCAUCAUUUGUUUUCCUUUGGGUUGGUGAUGGCGUGGGGCUUGAGCAAGGGCGCCAAUGUCUGAAGAAGUGGGGAUUCCGCAGAUGUGAGGACAUAUGUUGGGUGAAAACAAAUAAGACCACUGCAACUCCAGGAUUGCGUCAUGAUUCCCAUACUUUAUUGCAGCAUACAAAGGAGCACUGCCUUUUGGGCAUAAAAGGAACUGUUCGUCGUAGUACCGAUGGCCAUAUAAUUCAUGCGAAUAUUGACACAGAUGUGAUUAUUGCUGAGGAACCUCCUUAUGGAUCAAGUGCAAAGCCUGAAGAUAUGUACCGUAUAAUUGAGCAUUUUGCACUUGGCCGGAGAAGGCUUGAGCUCUUUGGUGAAGAUCAUAAUAUUCGAUCUGGCUGGCUGACUGUUGGUAAUGGAUUAUCUUCAUCGAAUUUCAGUGCAGAGGCCUAUGUGCGGAAUUUUGCUGAUAGAGAUGGGAAAGUGUGGCAGGGUGGGGGAGGGAGGAAUCCACCACCAGAUGCCCCACAUCUUGUUGUUACGACACCUGAAAUAGAGGCUCUUCGUCCCAAGUCGCCAAUGAAGAAUCAGCAGCAUCAGUCAGCAUCUAUAUCUAUGACAACAAACAACUCAUCCAACAAGAGGGCAACCGGGAACUCACCCCAAAAUAAUACUAAUUCACAAAAUGUGAAUCAAGAAACCUCUAGCUCUAACAACCCGAAUUCAGGUCCUUGGGCUCCUCCAAUGGAGAUUUUUCCUGGGAGAGAGGAUGGACAUAUGAUUUCAGAUAAUAGGCUUUUCGAUAUGUAUGGGUAUAAUGCAGCCUUUAGACAGACAAACUCUGAAUUCUUGUAGUGACAAAACCACAUUCUCCGCGCCGUGAACAGUUCUUUUUUACGUUACGAUAUUGUGGUCAUGAAGACGUCUUCAUUUCUUUAAUCUGUUGAUGAUUCAGUAGAGAAUUGAGUAUAUAUAUUCUUCAUCAAUGGAUAAUUGAGGAUCUUCUGUUGUUCAACCUA